AUGUCCUCCCUAACGGCUAAGGAAGCAUUUGCUAAGCUUCCCCAAAAAUUACACAAUUUUUUCAUCAAGUACCCACCAAGACCGUUUGCUCAAUACAAAGAUGGCCCUUCCCUCACAACUGAUCCAGACAUGAACCCUUUCUACCACACUAAGAACCCUGAUACUGGAAAAUGGCGCGGUGCUCCCAUUUCACGUCGAAGAUCCGCUGACUUGUUCAAGAUGGCCAAAAAGUUUGGUAUUGAAGAUCUCUUACCACCUGUGCCUAGAAAAUUCUACGAAGAGAAAUACGACAACAAGAAAUGGAUGCUUGGUAUGACCCAUCCUGCUAGUGCGGUAAGCAAACCUGAGAUUGAAGAGAAAUUGAGAAAACGUGCCGAAGCUAUCAAGAAUAUGGACAAGAUUAUUGUUGCUGCUAGACCAAGUUACAAGAAAUUGCUCAAGAAGCAAAAAGAAAGAGAGCCAAAAUGGUUCUAA